AUGUGGGAGUCGCGAACCCCUCUCCGGCUCGCCGGACGCGUUGCUGGGUCGGAGGCUGUCGCGGUUUUCCCGCGCGUCACGAAGGAGAAGCCACGCGUUGGAAAGCGUGCGCUCGUUUCCUUGUGUUCUGUGGUCUUGGCGCUCAGCUGCGCGAGACUCCCGGUAACACUUGGCGCCGAAGUGGAGUCGAGUAACGGACUGGCAACGAGUGGCAAGUCUCCGUCGGACAGCCUGUCUACAACGGAUGCCUACUUCGCCUCCUACGAGCCCUCGUCCGGCGAACAGGAUGAGGAGCCGACACACCGUUUGUUCGUGGACCCAGCUUUCUGGGAAGUGGAGCGGUACCUGAAACUCGCAGAGAGUGUCUUUGGCGUCUUCGACAGGGAGUUUGACGAAAUGCUCAAGGCGGCGUGGAAAAAACAGUCCGGCGACAAAGACCAAACGCUCUCGAGAGAAGAGCUCGACGCUCUGUUUUCCGAGCUGAAAGCCCAGUUCAAGGAAGCCGUGGUGGAAGAUCAGGCAGAGGAAACCGCAGGUGGAGGCGCUGGAGGAGAAACAGCCGUCGGCGAGGAUACGAACGGCGCCCGCCGCGCCGAGGAAAACCAACAGGGCGGGUCCAGACAUCUGCGCCGCCGGGUUUCCGAAGAGUUAGGCACCACGAAACGCAGGGGGGCCAUGUGGCUGUUUGAUUCGGCGAAUCUCGAGGAAGUCAACCUCAUCAGCAUGUUCCUGGUGGCGCUAUCCGUGGCCUUGGAGAAAAUCCCUAUCCCGGACUUGUCUUUUUUCGACAUGUUCUUCUAG